CGUAGACGAGAAGAAGUACACGACUGGCUGCAUGUCCAUAUGUGAUCGAAAUGAAGAUGUUAUUUACGAGUCUUGUACGGGCGUUGGCUGUUGCCAGAUUUCGUCGUUAACUCCCAGACUAAACAAUUUCACUAUUUCGAUCAAGAGCUAUGACAAUCAUACAAAGGUGUGGAAUUUUAAUCCGUGUAGCUAUGCUGUUCUUGCAGAAGAAUCCCAAUUUAAAUUCUCCAACACCAGUUUCAGAGAUUUUAAAAGCAAGGAGAGCUUCCCUUUGGUUCUUGAUUGGGCUAUUGGUGAUUUGCCCUGUGAAGAAGCUCAAAAGAAGGGGACACUUGUAUGCAAUUUGACAAGCAGUGAGUGUUUCAAUCCUAGCCUCAGUUCUGGUUCUGGGUCUGGGUACCUCUGCCGAUGCUUGCAAGGUUUCCAAGGGAAUCCCUACCACCCAAAGGGUUGUCAAGAUAUUGACGAGUGCAAGGAUCCAAAUCAGUGCACCAAUGGAAUUUGCAUUAAUCUACCUGGGAGCUUUAAUUGUUCGUGUCUAAAGGGAUAUGAACCUGUAAAUAAAACAACUUGUGCUAAGGCCAACGCAAGAAAUGGACAUCGGACAGCCCUCUGCCUCUAUAUUCCUUUAGGCGUAGGCCUAGGACUCUUAACUUUAAUGGCAAUGAUUCUAAUGAUGUAUUGGGGAAUGAGCAAAAGAAAGUUGACCAAGCUUAAAGAGAAGUUCUUUGAAAAAAAUGGUGGAUUGAUGUUACAACAAAGGCUACUGAUGAGUACCGAAAAAGGGCCUGGUGAUCAGACUACAACAAAGAUUUUUACACAAGAAGAGUUGGAAAGAGCCACAAACAAUUAUCAUGCAAGUAGAAUCAUUGGGGAAGGAGGUUGUGGAAUAGUUUACAAAGGGAUAUUAGAAAACAACAAGUUUGCUGCAAUAAAAAAGUCUAAACUUGGGGCUCAUGAUCAAGUUAUUAUGCAAACUGACCGAACUGAACAAUUCAUCAAUGAGGUCAUUUUGCUCAUGCAAAUCAACCAUAGAAAUGUGGUAAGGCUUUUAGGUUGUUGUUUGGAGACAGAAGUUCCUACGUUAGUUUAUGAGUUCAUUUCAAAUGGAACUCGUUUUCAACAUCUCCAUAACAAAGGCAUAGAAGAACCCUCCUCUUCAUCAUCACUCUCGUGGGAAUUGAGAUUAAAAAUAGCAACUGAAACUGCCGGAGCUUUGGCAUACUUGCAUUAUGAAACUACUACGCCAAUUUUUCAUAGAGAUGUGAAGACUAUGAAUAUACUUUUAGAUGAAAACAACACAGCAAAAGUGUCAGAUUUUGGAGCUUCUAGAUUAAUUCCACAAGGUGAUCAAGAACAGAUAUCAACUUUGGUGCAGGGCACGGUUGGGUACUUGGACCCUGAAUACUUGCAGUCAAACCAGUUAACUGGAAAGAGUGAUGUGUAUAGCUUUGGGGUAGUGUUAGGGGAGUUACUAACAGGAAAGAAAGCUUUUUGGUUUGACAAGUCUAAUGAUGUUAGCCAUAUCCUAUCCAUGUUCCUUCUCUCUUCGAACGAAGAUGAUCAGCUGCAUAAUCUCAUUGAUGAUGAAAUAAUUCUCAACCAUGGAAACAUGGACAUAGUUAAGGGUGUUGCAAAGCUAGCAAAGAGGUGCUUGAAGUUAAAAGGAGAGGAGAGACCUACCAUGAAAGAAGUUGCUAUGGAACUAGAGGGCCUACGAGCAGCCAUGUCAAAGCAGCAUCCCUGGGGAGAAGUUGAUUCUUCCAUAGAAGAAAAGGAAUACUUGCUCUCAGAACACCCUACUUUAAUCGAUGAACCUUAUAGUACUACUUUUGAUCUUGAAUGUGGUUCGACCAGUGGAUCAGCUACCUAUUAUAGUAGUAUACAAAACCAAAUUCUUCCAAAUGAUGACGGGAGAUAGAGCUCACUUUGAAGUUUGCCUACUUAUUAUAAUUAAGCUUUAGUAUAAUGAUCGAUGUCUUGUGUUAUAGAUAUGUAAUUAAAAGAGAUAAUAUGCUAUAAUUAAUUAGUACGUAGUACUUAAUUGUAGUUUGUGUGAUAAUUUUAGUGUAAUUGUGUGAAGCGUCAAUCAAAAUAAUAAUCUUGUAUUAAAAGUAUUAUUUGUUCAGUAUUUUGUCACCCGUAUAUGUUUAUAUGAUCAAAUCUGAAUAAAAAGUAUUACACUUGUAUUG